AUGCCAAGACAUAUUUACAUACUUCUCAUCGAUUGCUUCCUUGGCCUAUCAGUCACGUACACCUUCCUAUUUGAACAUGUGAGGUGUCACAAAAAAACAGUUACCUUCGACAAAGAUUUCCACAAAAAUAAAGUCCACCUGGAAAACAGAAAAAAGUAUCUAUUUGUGUGCAGAAGUUCAUCCACAAAAGGGAGGAGGAUAUCCUCUAAAGGUUUCAUUUUGAAGCACCACAAAUUGAACCAUCUGCCAAGUCAAGUAACCAACCAUGGCGUGGCCCUGUUGAGAGCAGACCGCCAAUCCUUCCUGAAAUUGAACAAGUUUAAAAUAUUCAGCAAUGACAUUCAAAAGGACAGUUCUUCAAAUGAUAAGGAAGAUGGAGGAGAAAAUAAGCAGCAGAAUGAACAGGAAUUAAGGAAUGAAAAAAAGGACAACUGGAAAAAGUAUUACGAGGACAAGAGGAAGAAGGAGAUAUUGAAAGAUUUAGAUAGGAGUGUGCGGAAAAGGGGGAAACAAUCUGUAAGAGGUAGUCCUGUGGGUGGGGACGAUUCUGUGGGUGAAGAAGUACGUAGCCGAGAUGACGAGAGGCAGGAAGGAAGGGACCAUCGCACAAAGGAAGCAGAUGGACAAAAGUGGAAGAAUACAGAAGAUUAUGACGCAUAUGAGGAGGACGACGACGAUGAUGAUGAGGAUGACGAAGGUUAUGAAUCAUACGACACCUACGAGGCCGACGACCCGCACGACGUGCAUGCACACCGAAGCGCGCAUGACAAGAGAGAUACACACCUGGAUUACCCCUAUGACCACGAAGAGGCACAUGGAAGGAACCUCUUCUUCGCGCACAACAGCAGAAACGAAAACGCCCAUGGGAAAUUUUAUAGCGACAGAAUGAGCGGGGUUGGUCCCAAUCCGCCCUCAAUAAAUGAAAGCAUAAAUAAUAUCUUCUCAUCGAAAAGAACGACGAAAGAUUUCCCACUCUUUUUCCCCUUGAACAAUAAGGCCUUCGAAAAUAGCAACAAUAAAUAUUUUGACAAAAUUUGCAGUAUCCCCCCAAAUGAGCUCAUUAACCGAUUUUUUGAAAACACAUCUGAAAGGGUUAAAGAAGCUGUAAAAAAUAUCAUUUUUAACAUCAUUGGAAAUAUUCAAAAGUACACCAUCGAAACUUCUAUUUUAAUUACCUAUGACAAAAUUUACAACUUCCUCUUGCAAAUUGUCCUCACGGGGUACAUGAUAAAGAACGCAGAUUAUCGACUCAGUCUUAAUGAGUCCCUGUACGACCAAAAUAAUAUUAUAAACAGAAAAGAGGACGACGUGUUCAAUUUGAAAAAAUCCUUUUAUGGAUUAUUUUCUAAUAUACAUCACAGAGGUGGAGAAGAAACCAUAAACGCAAGUGAGUUAAGUGAGCCCAAGAAUGACAGUCCCAAAGAGCCCAGCCAAGAUGGGGAAGACAUGGGACACAGCCCCAACCUUGAUGAGAAACUCCUAACCGGUAAUAACUUACAGGAUCAUCUUACCAAUGAUGAUAUCCAUGAUCAGGAUGGAAACCCAUUUAGUUAUGAAGAGGAGGGCCCGCAAUUACCAUCAGACAACACAUCCCACACAUACGCCAAAAGUGGCGAGAACAAUAACUUCCCAAUAAUUAACACAAAAAAUUAUAUUAUAUUUUUACGAAAAAAAAUUAAGUCUUUAGAAAUGCAAUUAAAAAAGUUGAAAGAAAAUAAAAACAUUUUAAAUGACGAUUUACUUUCAUACAUAAAGUCACUCACAGAUGUGCAGCUGCGUUCACUCACAGACAACAUCGGAUCAUUGGUCCUGGAUGCAACGAAAAAAAUUGUAGAAUUAGUAAUACAGGGCAUGACAUUAAACAUUAACAAAAACUCAUCCAAUGAAUUAAUAUAUGUAAGUGGCUCUGUGCUCACUUACAUCUGCUUCUGGCAAUUGAUAAUCGGGUACACUCUCAGGGAGAUGGAAAUUCGCGAUGAACUCUCCGAUUAUCUGAAGGGCAACUAG